AUGGGUUGUUGCUCUUGUAAAUUGUACACUGACGACAAAGGUAAAAUAGUAAACUUAAAAUAAGCUAUAAUGAAUCCAUAUUAUGAAAGUGAUGAAGUUUAGGAAGGACUGGAAUUUGAGAAUUAAUAGCUUAAUGCUAAUUCUAAAAUAAUUAUUCAAGACAAAGAAACUAGCUUCAUAAAAUCAAAUUCCUUAUCAAAAGAGUAGGGAUAUUCAAAGGAUCUCGAAUAAUAGUAAGUUUAAACUAAACACAAGGAAGGAGAUACAGUAGAAUUUAUAAAGAAAACUAUUAGCGGAACUAUGAAAUUGACUCCUGAGAUGUUGGUGAGAAAGCAAUGCAUAACAGAAAAGUUUUUAGCUCAUUACGAAAUAGUGAAGAAAUUAGGGUAAGGAGGAUUUGGAGAGGUUUAUUUGGUGAAGCAUUUGACUACAGAACAUUUGAGGGCUGCGAAAGUAGUUCUGAGGAAAACGGUAAAUUGUGAGGAGAAAUUGUUAGAGGAGACAGAAAUCUUGAGGACUUUGGACCAUCCAAAUAUAGUAAAGGUUUUGGAGAUAUUUGCAGAUUUUAAAUAUUAUUAUAUAGUAACUGAAUAUUGUUAAGGAGGGGAGUUGUUGGAGAGAAUAAAGACUAUAACAAAUUACAACGAGAAUUUGGCAGCCAAAUAUAUGAGAUAAGUGUUUUCAGCCAUCUAGUAUUGUCAUUAGAAAAACAUAGUGCAUCGAGAUUUAAAACCUGAAAAUAUAUUGUUUGAUUCAAGAGAUCCAGACGCCAAUUUAAAGGUGAUAGAUUUCGGAGCAAGUGAGAAGAUGAUUGACUCAUCCUUUUUGACUAAAAAGAUUGGGACUCCCUAUUAUAAGGUGGAUGUAUGGUCUUGUGGAGUCAUCUUGUACAUUUUGUUGAUAGGAAGACCUCCAUUUAAGGGAGGCAGUGAUAUAGAGACUUUGAGAUUGGCAAGACAAGGAAAAUUGAAUACCAAUAGUGAGAGAUGGUUGAGAACAAAUGAGUAGGCAAAAGAUUUGAUUAUGAAAAUGAUUGUAGUUGAUCCUAAGAGUAGGAUAAGUAUGUAGGAGGCUUUUAAUCAUCCUUGGAUUUAGAAUAUCUAAUAGAAUGAGAUUGAAGAUAUGAAUUUAAUCAAGAAUUUGAGUCAAUUUUCAGCUUAGAAUAAGUUGAGGGCUGCAAUUCUUUAGUUUAUUUCUGUUCAAUUAGUAAAUAAGGAGGAGAGUUAAAAACUAUUUUAAACAUUUAAGACAUUAGAUUAGAAUGGGGAUGGAGUUUUAACAAAGGAUGAACUGAUGAAGGGUAUGUUGAGUGCGGAUAUUGAUCAUCUAAAAGCUGAGAUUAUGGCAGAUGGAUUAAUUUAAGAAUUGGAUGUUAAUGAGUCUGGAAAAGUGGAUUUUACAGAAUUCAUCUCUGCUGCAUUGGUUUAACAAUAAAAGAUUACAGUUAAUAAUAUCAAAUUAGCAUUCAGGAUGUUUGAUUUAGAUGGAAAUGGAGUGAUAAGCAAAUCAGAAUUGGAGAGUAUUUUUGGUGGAAUUGAAAUAGAUAAUUAGGCUUGGGAGGAUAUUUUGUAAAAAUGUGAUUUCAACUAAGAUGGAGUUCUAGAAGAAGAGGAGUUUCUAAAACUGUUGGAGAACAUUUAAUUAUGAAUUCAUUAUUCUUAUAGAAAUUUUUAAUUGAUUAUAAAUAACACA